AUGGAGAAGCUGAAUUCCGAAGAUGGGCAGCUUUUCAUCAAGAACCUAGCCAGCUUCGUUCGGACACACGAGAAAGCACUUGCAAACGCUUUGCAGCUCCGCCGCCAGUCUAAAAAUGCCCUCACUCCCCCAUCGCCAACCAGCGCCACGGGCGCCACUUCCUCAUUCUCUUCAACCUCCCUCACCCUGGCGGCCGCCUUGUCAUUCGGCGCAUUGAAAUUCACCUCCCAGGACAUCAAGCCCGCCAAAUUGACUCUCACUCCGCACCACCUCUUCUACCUGCUCUCCUGCUUCGAGGAUUUGUCGAUUGCGGUAGGUCCCAUGAAUGUUCGACUGGAAAACAUCAAUACGGAAGUCUCUCAAUCCUACGUCUCCUUCCUGAACAAACCGCAGCGGUCCAAGGGCGAUGGGGCAUCGAUUCAUUCUGUUUCCAGCGUCCGCAGCGUCAUGUCGGGUAUGAGUGGCCUGUGGUCCUCAUUCGGCCUUGGCUCCAAGGAUUCUGUCUCCAAAUCGGACAAGGCCAAGUCCGCUCUCGACGCCGACCUCAAGUACCUUUACUCCGCAUUCACCAAGAUUCCCUGCCUUCGCCUGGCACCGGACCAUCGUGCCCGACUGAUUCGAGGAUAUGAAGAAUUCCCGUUCGAUACGGCUGUGCCGCUGCAUGCCUUCAAAAACCUGAGCGCUCUGGAAAUUAUCGACAUUGACUAUCGUUCUUUCUAUGGCUGGGACCGCUUGGCGGAGCAGCUGCGCACCCUGACGAUCAAGCGAGGUCAUCUGGAUGAUCCCGCAGAUCUGUUGACCCGCAUUGUCUUGGACGAUGUUGAUAAGCGACGUCGUCGCUCGGCCAAGUCGCAACAGUCCCCGCCAUUAGGCUGGACUGCCAGUAUGGGCGGACCGCCGAUGCCACCCUCGGAUCAGACCUCGAUCUCGGCGCCUGGCUCUCCUGUUGCUGAAAAUGCACUUGCGAGCAGCACGAGUCCGAAAUCCGUCCCCAUGAUGCGAGCUGGCUCCGAGGGUUCUCGCGUCCGUUAUCGUGCAGACAGCGUCUCACCUACGCGGCCCUCGACAAAGCACAGUCAUCGCCACAGCCGAGGCCAGUCUUCUCGGAUCCGCCGCACCGGUUCGGGGAGCUCCAACUCGAGCGAUACGUCUGGUGGCGCCAACUCGCAUGCAGGCGUCCUUCCUCCGUCCAAAUGGCGCUUCCUUCGCCAUCUGGGGCUGCCUGACAACUCCCUGACCUCCAUCUCGGCUGCUAGCCUUGCCCCCGUGGCCGGCACCCUGAACUCGCUCGAUCUUUCUUCAAACCUUCUGACCGAGGUCCCCGAUAGCUUGUCGACACUCAUGGCUUUGCGCGCGCUCAACCUGUCUCAUUGCAUGAUUGAAUCGUUACAUUCUCUGACGCGUAGUCCACUCCCCGCGAUCACUGCCCUCAACUUACGGGGCAAUCGGCUUCGCUCGCUCGCUGGAAUUGAGCGACUGCUGUCCUUGGAACGCCUGGACCUACGUGACAACGACCUGAUGGAUCCCACCGAAUUGGCGCGACUGACCAGUCUCCCUGAGAUACGGGAGAUCUGGGUCUCGGGGAAUCCUUUUGUGAAGACUCAUUCCAACUAUCGAAUCGUCAUCAUGAAUCUGUUCCGUCGAACACCCGGCUACUCAGAGGACCUUGUCAUUGACGGUCGUGGCCCCGGUUACACAGAGCGAAAGCAACUUGUUGAUCGUGUUGCUGAGCCUGAGGGAGCUCCCAUUGUCCGCUCCAGUGCUGCAGAUCAGCCCGCAAUUGUACAAAAGCCCCUUCACACUGCUUCGCCCAUUGACCCCGUCCCAUUGAUGUCCCCAAAGCAGGGGCAGCACUCUCACGAGACCCCAAUGCGCCAGGAAAUCGAAUCGGGUACCAACCGGCGCAAGAAGAUGCAACGGCGUCGCAUCGUCGACCUUUCCACCGACAGCCCCUUUGUCGCUGAUGGUCUUGGGAAUCCGGGCUCUGCAAUCCCAGCCCCUCUUACUGUGCAGCAGAUUGAUGAUCCUGCCGAGCGUACUGUUGUACCACCGUAUGAGCACCAGCUACGUUUAGACAGUGGUACGCCCUCUGGUUCCUCCAGCAUCCAAAGUCCUGUCAAACAAGCACCACCCCUGAGCCCUAUCUCCAAUACUCUGCCACUCAACGGCUCGGGCAAAGACUGGAUCGUGGAACAGGAAUUGUGUCGGCAGCAAUUGGAAGCCCUGCGUCAGGAUGUCGGCCAUAGCUGGAUUUCGGUCCUCGGAGAUCAUCCGUGGGAUCAUGUACAGAAGGAGCCUGGUCAUCUCGUCCCCGGCUCAGGGCUGGAUCAUCCCGUCCUUUCGCCCCCGCCUCUUUGCGGGAAUGGCCGUGCCAUUCUGAGCGGAGGUCAUGCACUGAGUGGCUGA